AUUAUAUCCGAUCGAACGAAAGUUUCUAAAUGUCUUGCAAAUCUUUUUCAUUGCAGUCAUCUAGCUGAAUAAAGAAAAAUAUAAAUAAAAAACAUAUCAAUAUGACGACCUAUAUGAAAAUAUUUGAGGAACGCAUCUCCGGCCUGGCCAAGGGUGUGGAUGAAACUGUGGACAGCUGGUUUCUGAUGAGCUCACCAGCGCCCGUUGUUACUGUGGUGCUCGUCUAUCUGGCAUUCGUGCUCAAAAUCGGUCCGGAAUACAUGAAGAAUCGUAAGCCCAUGGAUCUGAAGCGCAUUAUGGUAUUCUACAAUGCCUUUCAGGUCUGCUACUCCAUAUGGAUGUGUCGCACGUCGUUCAAGGAGAGCAAUGUCAUGGCAUCGAUAUUGUCAAAGAAAUGCGAAAUCCAUCGCACACGCGAACAAAACUUGGCUCUGUACUCGGGCGCCUGGUUCUAUUUCUUCUCGAAGAUCAUCGAUCUGCUGGACACCACGUUCUUUGUGCUGCGCAAGAAGAACAAUCAGGUCUCGUUCCUGCAUGUCUAUCAUCAUACGAUCACCGUGCUAUUCUCAUGGGGCUAUCUGAAGUACGCGCCCGGCGAACAGGGCGUCAUCAUUGGUAUCCUCAACUCGGGCGUGCAUAUCAUUAUGUACUUCUAUUACAUGGUCGCCGCUAUGGGACCCCAGUACCAGAAGUAUCUGUGGUGGAAGAAGUACAUGACCACCAUUCAGCUGAUUCAGUUUGUGCUCAUCCUUGGCUACAUGCUCACCGUUGGCGCCAAGGGCUGCAACAUGCCCAAGACGCUGACCUUCUUCUUUGUGGGCAACACGAUCAUCUUCCUCUAUCUGUUCGGCAACUUCUACCGCAAGACUUACCAGAAGAACAAGACCGUCGAUGCCAACGGCAAUGCCAUGCACAGUGGCGGCAGGAGCAUGAAUCUGGCUCAGUCGGCUCUGAGGGCUGCCGGCGGCAUGGGCUGCAUGCCAAUGCAGACCAAGAACAACAACAACAACAACGUCGACUAUAAGCCCUAUAUCGAUCUAAACAAUAACAGCGUAAAGCCCCUGAAGAUGGAAUGAGCGGUUAGGCUAAGUUCGGGGCUAGCUUUGGUAGGGUUGCUUUGUCUGUAGUUUAAUCGUACGUGUUUUUUUUAGAUCGGGUCUUAAGUCUAGUGUUAAACGUUUAUCCAUAACCCUUAUCUGUACAUGAA